CAUGGAAUCCACGUGGAUUCCUAAGUGCAAACACGUAUUCAUGCACCAUCGAAAGUUCCUCCCACGAGACCACCAAUAUCGUAAGAAGAAGAAGUUGUUCAAUGGGGAGGUUGAGGACCGUGUAGCUCGUCGACCGUUGACCGGUUAUGAGGUUUAUGAACAAGUUAAGGGAGUUGAGACUGUAUUUGGUAAAACGGGGCAAGUGCAAGGAGGUGAAGGCCGAUUAUGGAAAAAAGAAUCAAUCUUUUGGAACCUUCCAUAUUGGAGAGAUCUACAGGUUAGGCAUUGUCUUGACGUUAUGCAUAUAGAGAAAAAUGUAUGCGAUGCCAUACUCGGGACUCUCAUGAACAUUCCGGGUAAGACAAAAGAUGUUAGGGCCGUGCGAGAUUGGUUUGAAUGUAAGGGUCUUCGUCCGGAGUUGUGGGCACAUGUUAAGGUGAGUAAGAAAAGAAAUAGAGCUGAUGAUGAAGUUGGUGGCAGUAAGAAGAAGAUGCUUAAUGACAAAGUUUAUUUGCCUCCAGCUUGCUACACAUUGUCCAAAGCAGAGAAGCGGACAUUUUGUGAGUGUUUGUAUGGCAUUAAGGUUCCGUCUGGGUACUCAUCCAACAUGAAGAGAUUUGUUAGCCUAAAUGGUGAGCUGAAGUUGGGAAGCAUGAAAUCUCACGAUUGCCAUGUAAUGAUGCAAGUGUUCUUACCAAUUGCAAUCCGUGGAAUACUGCCAAAACAUGUGAGAUAUGCUAUUACCAAGCUAUGUUCGUACUUCAACACAAUUUGUAGUAAAGUUCUUGAUCCCUUUAAACUUGAUGCACUUCAACUCGACGUGAUUGUAACUUUAUGCAAGUUUGAGAUGUAUUUUCCACCUUCUUUCUUUGACAUAAUGGUUCAUCUUAUUGUCCAUCUCGUUCGUGAGAUCAAACUUUUGGGUCCAGUUUUUUUAAGGUGGUGUUAUCCUUUUGAAAGACACAUGGGUGUUUUACAAAACAAGGUGAGGAAUCCAGCACAACCCGAGGGGAGUAUGAUUCAAGGCACUGUGAGCGAUGAGAUUAGUAACUUUAUAGCCGAGUAUUUGGCCAUGGCAAAGCCUAUUGGACUUCCUACCUCUAGACAUGAAGGAAGGCUUGAGGGAAAAGGAACAAUUGGCUCCAAAUCGGUCACACCUCCUCGAGAAAGCCUUCUACAAGCACACUUGUAUGUGUUGCAUCAUAUUCCGGAAGUUCAUCCUUUUUUGAGUGAGCAUUUUGAUAUAUUGCGCGCAAAACAUCCUUCUAAAGGGGAUAGGGCAUUGAUGCAGUUGCAUAACAAGACGUUUAUUAAUUGGUUUCAUAAUCGAGUAAUAUGCGAAGAACUCAAGGGUGUAUCCGAAAUUGUUAAGUGGUUAGCUUUUGGUCAUUGUGAUGAUGUCAACAAAUAUGAGGGUUACGAUGUCAAUGGCUUCACAUUUUGGACUGAGGGUCAAGACAAGAAGUCAUCGUAUCUACAGAAUAGUGGGGUUUCUAUUUUGGCGUCAUCUACAUUUUACGCGAGUGCGAAGGAUCAAGCGCCGGUUGAUGCUAAAUUGGUAUACUACGGGCGGGUACAUGAAAUAUGGGAGCUUGACUACUCUACUUUCAAUAUUGGUCUUUUCAAAUGUAAGUGGGUAGAUAAUAAUCGACGAUGCAUAAAAAAUGACGACCCUUGUGGAUUCACUCUUGUAGACUUAGCUCGUUUGCGUGAUAGUGAGGAGUCAUUCAUACUAGCCACACAAGCCAAGCAAGUAUUCUACAUUGUAGACCUGUCUGAUAAAAAAUGGUCUAUUGUUGUACCGGGAAAAAGAAGCAUUCUUGGUAUAGGUGAUGUUGAGGAUGAGGAAGAAUAUGAAGCUUUUGAAGACUCCCCUCCCUUUAUCAAUCCAAUAUCAGUGGAUCAAGAUGAUGUAGAUGAUGUAGAUGUUGGUUAUAUGCGUGUAGAUCACACGGAAGGAAUACAUUUGAAUUAAGUGAUUCACAAGGUACUGAUAUAUAAUGCAUCUAUUCAGAGACGAAAUUGUCCCCGAGAUUGAGACCUCGGAUAAUGAGCAUCGUAGUUACGACAGUGAAGAGGACCAAAAUUGUGAGAUUCGAGCGUAUGGCUGAAGA